AUGACAGCAACAGCAACAACAACCUCUGAGAGAUUUUCAUGGCGUAAUACUGGUAAUAUGACACAAGCACGAUAUCUUCAUGCAGCUUCGACAAUGCUGAAAUUUAUGAACCAUCAACGGGCAUGUAUGGAAGCUGUACGAGAAGUUUAUACAUUAUCUGCACUGGCCGACGGUAGAAUAUUGGUUUUAGGUGAAAUUGCCCGCGAUGGCUAUACCGAUUCAGUGUAA